CUCGAAAGUUAAAUCGUAAAGGACCUUUUCUGGGAGCUACUGGGGGGCUGGACUGGGAGCACUGGUGUGGACUGGUGAGGACUGGCUGUUGAUCAUUUCCUGGAAGCCACACACGGAGCACUGGUCUGUACCGGCCCCGCCAUGGCGCUGCCGCCUGCUGCUCUCCUGCCCGGGCUUCUGCUGGUGGCUGAUGCCCUGGCACUGGUGUUACUGGUGCCACUGGUGCCGCUGCUGGCGCCGCUGGGUGUGGUGGGCCUGUGGCUCGAGGCCACCCUGCGCCUGCCCGUCCUGGCCGUGGCUACGUGGCUGCUGCUCCCACGCCGUCCGUCCGGAGCCACCGCGGCCGUUGUCACGGUCGCCGCCACCCCCGCGGCCUUCGGAACAUUCCGGCACCUCCUGGGGCCACCCGGGGCUGGGCCAGUGCUGUUGGUGACCGCCUCCCCCGCCUGGCUCGGGGUCACCCACGCAGCUGUCACACUGGCCCUGCUGGCCUGGGCCGCGCCCCCGGCCCCUGGCGGUGUCCCCAAGACCUCUGGCGACGUUCCCAAGGCUCCUGGCACCAUCUUGCGUGUUCUGGCACUGACCUGGGAGGAGCGGAACGUUCUCGGAGGUGCCUUCGUCUGCCUCGUGCUGGCAGCCAUUGGGGAGACGUUGGGACCGUACGUCACUGGGAAGGUGCUGGAUGCCAUCAGGAGUGGGGACGGACUCACUGCUGGAGCUGUUGGGAUGGUGGCAGCUGCUGGAGGUGCCAGUGUGCUGUUUUCCGGGUGCCGUGGGGGGCUCUUCACGCUGUUGGAAGCUCGUCUCCAUCAGAGGCUGAGCCUCCGGCUCUUCUCUCACCUGGUGCGUCAAGACCUGGACUUCUUUCAGGGAACGCCGGCAGCUGAGCUCUCGGCUCAGUUUUCCAUGGAAGUGCCACGGGUGUGCAGGGCAGCACCGAGUGGAGCCAACCUGCUGUUCCGAAGCCUGGGAAUGGCCCUGGUGGUGGGGGCGUUCAUGUUUGCACUGGCACCGGGGCUGGCACUGCUGGCACUGCUGGAGCUGCCCUUUGGAAUUGCUAUCCACCGCAUCCAGAGUGCCCGGGAACAGGCACUUCAGCGAUCCAUGCUGGAAGCAUCUGCCCGGACAGCCUCGGGGGUGCAGGAAUCUGUUGCUGCCAUCGAGACAAUCCGUAUCUUCUCAGCGGAGGAGGAGGAGGAGAAGCAGCACAGCUGCAACCUGGCCAAGGAGCUGAGGCUGAAGGAACAGAUGAAUCUGGAGCUGGCAUUCUUCACCCUUGUCCAGAGGGUGCUCCAACUGACCAUCCGGGUCCUGGUGCUCUUCCGAAGCCACCAGCAGCUCCGUGACGGAUACAUCACUCCUGGGGUCCUUGUCAGCUUCCUGCUGUACCAGGACACAGUUGGCAGCCAUGUCCAGGUGCUACUCUACGGCUUCAAUGAAUUCCUGACCAAAGCAGCUGCCGGAUGGAAGAUCUGGGAAUACCUGGAUCGGGAAGCCACAGGGGAUGUCGGGGGGGUGCAGAAGCCCCCAGAGCUUCAGGGCCAUGUCACUUUUCAGAAAGUCACCUUCACGUAUCCUGGGAAUCCAGAGCAUCCUGUGCUGAAGGACGUGACCUUCGAGGUGCGUUCCGGGGAGGUGACAGCACUAGCGGGGUGCAAUGGAAGCGGGAAGAGCACGGCUGUGGCACUGUUGGAGCGGCUGCGGGAUCCCGGGAGUGGGAAGGUGCUUCUGGAUGGGAUCCCACUGCCAGAAUAUGAACACCAGUAUCUGCACCAGAAGGUGGUGCUGGUGGAGCAGGAUCCCAUCCUAUUUUCUGGAACGAUCCGUGAAAACAUCUUGCUGGGGCUGGAGCACUGCAAAGAGUCAGAGCUGCAGGAGGCCGCCACUGCUGCUGGAGCCAUGGAAUUCAUCCAGGGACUGGAACAGGGCUGGGACACCGAGGUGGGGGAGCAUGGGGAGCAUCUGGCAGCAGGGGAGCGGCGCCGUGUGGCCCUGGCCCGGGCUCUGCUCCGGCGCCCGGCCGUCCUCAUCCUUGACGAGGCACUGGAUGAUGGAGACGAGGGGGCGGCACAGUGCUGGCUGCGCACGGGGCUGGCCCAGACUGUGCUGGUGGUGUCCCACCGGCCGCGGGUGCUGGAUGCAGCCGAUCACCUCGUGGUGCUGGAGCGUGGAGCCGUGGUGGAGACAGGAACACCAGCAGAGCUGCGGGAACGCUGUGGGGCCUACAGCCGUCUGCUCCUUGGAGGUGGCAGGACUGGGGGGCCCGAGGCCUCCAGCAUGAGCAGUGAGAAGGGGGCUGCAUCUGGCAGGGAAUAAAGGGGAAUUAGUCCCAGUGUCCCCAUUCCUGGUGCUGGUGUCCCCAACCCACCCCUGGUGUCCCCAGUCAGUGUCCUGUGAAUCCCUUAUCCCCAUGUCCUCUGGAUCCCAACUCCAUGUGUUGCCUUGGUCCCUGUGUCCCCCAUGUCCACACUGUGUCCCCCAGGUCACCCUAUUCCCUGGAUCUCUGUGUCCCCUGUAUCCUUCCCUGUACUCCCCAUGCGCAGAUCACUUGUAUCCAAGCCCCGUGAUGUCCCCAUGAUUCCUGGUCCCCAUGUCCCCCAUGUCUGCUCCUGGACAUGGGACAGAGUGGGAAAUAAAUCCCAAGGGAUGGA